ACCACCCCUGCUUUAUCUCUCUUUUAACUCCCUUUCUUCUCCUCCAUUGAUAGUUUUCUCUUGCUUGCCCACUAAGUCAAUUUUUUCAACCCUCUCUUUACUUAUUCUUUCCAGUUCUCCUUAUAUUCUUCGGAUACAAGUUUGCGUACAACAUAUAUUAGUUUCCAUUCAUGGCAGAGGACUCGAUUUCCUUGGCUUCUUGUAUCAUCCCUCCUCCGCUAUGCAACUGAUCGUUCAUUUCCUCUUACAAUUCUCCCUUUCCACCAUGUCCCAGUUUUCUAUUCCAUAGUUUAUCUAGACUUGCUGUCAAAACGUACGUUGGUUCUCUAGUUUCAGCAAUAUUUCAAGAAGAAAAAUCUCUGGUUCUCGAUAACUUUUUUUUUUGGCCAUCUCUUCUUCUUAAACCGACUUGAGCAGUUAUGGAGCAUACACCGAUUCAAGUCAGAAAUACCAACGGAAUCACACACGGAUUUACUUCCGACAACACACCCAAGAACUCUUCACAAAAUCCUAGUACUACGAAUUACGCAAGCAGACAUUCACGUGAUCAAGAAUCAGUUAUUUCUGAUAGCGAGAGUUCAAGUUCUGGUGCCAGUUCUGGGCAACCCCCAUCAUUCAAUGAUGGGUUGGUUCGACUUUUUGAAGGAGAUAGAGUUCAUGAUCUCAUUAAGCGAAGAUUCGUUUCGGGUUUGGGUUUGCUUGGCAAGCAAGCAACAGUUGUUGCCAUUCAUAGGAACUCUUAUUCUGGUGUUUUGGAGCAAGCUAGAAUGCAGUCCUUCCAGAUUUUUGCGAAAGCAAUGGAGAACAAGUGUGGCGGCGAUGCGAAUGUUAAGUUUGGUUGGUACGGUGGUACAAGAGAUGAGAUAUGUGAGAUUGUGAAGCAUGGUUUUAGUGCCCGAAUGAUAGACAACAGUAAUGGACUCUAUGGUUGUGGCAUUUAUCUUUCUCCGGAUGAUUCUCCUGUUGAAUGUGUGAAGAAAUUGAGUGUUGAUAAAGAUGGUCUGCGGCAUUUGUUGCUUUGCCGUCUAAUUCUGGGGAAGUCAGAGGUUGUGCAUCCGGGUUCUGAUCAGUGUCGUCCGAGUUCUGAGGAGUUUGAUUCAGGAAUGGACAAUCUGUCAUCUCCUAGGAAGUAUAUUUUAUGGAGUACCCACAUGAACACUCAUAUUUUGCCGGAGUUUGUGAUAAGUUUCAGGGCUCCUUCUCGCUUGAAAGGGUACUUUAGAAUUCCAGAAUCCUUGAGGAGGCCAAAUUCACCUUGGAUGCCAUUUCCUGCUCUUAUUUCCGCACUCUCAAAGUUCUUGCCUCCUACUACUACCAAGUUGAUUAUCAAGUAUCAUAGAGAUCACAGAGAAAAGAAGAUUUCUAGACAACAACUAAUACAGCAAGUGAGAAAGACUGUAGGGGACAAGCUACUGAUUUCGGUCAUCAAGUCAUUUAGAACCGAGAUACUUGAAACACCAAGCAGUUUUGAGGAAAAAAGGGUUCAAAAGGGAGUCAAGAAUGGAAUGAACUGUGAUGAGAAGAAAGACGGUAUGGAAGAAUUGAUUAUGCAAACAUGAAGCACGGUGAGGAGGAGCAUUUUGUGAUCUGGGAUGGAUGGAAAAGACAGAUGAAACUGACAUAAACGAGUAGGUAAUCCAAAUUGACAUAUAGAAAUCGAGCGUGUAGUUGUUGCUAGGUCUUUGUUGUAGUCGCAGUGUAGUCAGAUGAGCAUUUUGCAUCAUGGAAGUUUGAUUUUCUUGUGGAACCACACGAUUGCUGUGCAAGUGGAAACAUUUGUCGGCAAUAUGUGAAAAGAAAUGUAUCGUGUGAUUCUCACUAGAAAAAUAAAGUGUUGUUACAGCUCAA